AUGUCGAGGCAAAAGAGAAUCCUAGGCUUACUGGUUUUGUACUGCACAAAAGACAGAAUCUUCACAAUCGCAUUCCAAGACAAGUUUUACUCAGCCUCAAGAGCACCCAUUGCAUUGUAUUCCACGCCCCCAAGACAACCACGGCGGCUCAUGAAAAAGAGAAGAAGACGAGACCGUAAAGGAAAGAGCGUCGAAUCAAAGGAUUUUGCUUGGGAAACUGCCGAGUCAAGGCCUUUAGUUAAGUCUAUUGCCAAGGAGGCAGGUCAAGAUUAUUGGAUAGAUCCAGACGAUUUGAAAAAGGAGCGGCAAAGGGAAGAAGCAGUAAAAAACCGAAACGCUGUGGAAGGAGAGGUGCCGAAAGAAAAACUAAUGUCCGAAAUCGUUGCUCCAUACAAGCAAAACUGGAUUGGCUUUUUCAGUGUUUUCAUUGCCACUCUGAGCAUCAUCAUCAUCAAAUUUCCUGAGCUUUUGGAUCAACCAAAGAUCUUGUUCCCGGAUUUGUAG